AUUCACAUCCAAAUUAAGUGGAACAGUAUAACAUACAGAAAAGCUGGCGAAUUUUUCCAUUUGAUGGUGGUGGGUUGAAGAAGAUGGAUUAUACACUGGCAGCACUGAAAUUGCUUUGCUCACAGUUACACUAUGCCAAAGAAACCAAAACCCCUCAAAACCAGCCUGCUUUCACUCUUUCCGGCAUUCUUUUUCAACGUGCUUGGCUCCAGGGUGUUUUGGUUUCAACGCCAACUACUGACCCUUCUGGACGAUUUCUCCUCGAUGAUGGCACUGGGAUCAUUGAACUCCAACUCAUUGGCGACUUCCUCCCUCUUUCUUGGGAGAAAGGAAUGUACGUUAUGGUUGUUGGAGCAUAUUUUGUCCAGAAAGGUGGCCUCCCCUUAAUUAAGGUAAAAGGAUAAACCUUUCCCUCUAAGUGACUGACCACUUCAUUCAUGUUGAAUUAGGAUUUUUCUUGUGUUAACUUGCUUUAGUGUGGUUGAACAUUUUGGUUUGAGCUUAUUUAGGUUGUUAUGUCAUUGACUGCAUCAAAUUUAUCGAACUCGUAAAAUGUUUUACUGAAUGUUGCUUUUCGAUUGUUUGAUGCCCAGCUACCGAUCAAAUAUUUUCCAUCUCGUCUAAAUUCAUCUCCAUUCUUCUAUGAAAGAAAGCUCUGCGUUUGGUAAUGCUCCUGAGUCCUUAAUUUUGAUGUCUAAUAUUGAAUUUUUAUUAGUUUAGUAAGAGAUCAAGUUUUACUCUCUUA